AUGAGUGCAUCAACGCCUAGCGGUUUUGAUCGGUUUAUGACAAUUUUUUCACCUGAAGGUCGACUUUAUCAAGUAGAGUAUACCUUCAAAGCUAUUAGCCUAGAUGGCCAUUUGUCUGUUGGUGUACGUGGUCAUGACUGUGCAGUUGUUGCAGCACAACUCAAGCUCCCAGACAAGUUGAUCGAUCGAAAGUCAGUAACGCGCAUCUUUCGUCUCACAGAUUCCACUGGAUGUAUUAUGACUGGUAUGGCGCCUGACUGCCGUGCCCAAGUACAGCGAGCUAGGUACGAGGCGGCUACCUUUAAGCAUAAAUUUGGAUACGAAAUCCCUUGUGAUGUUCUCUUAAACCGUAUUGGGGAAAUCAACCAAGUGUACACUCAGUCUGCUGAGAUGCGGCCACUAGGAUGCGCCAUGCUCGCUAUAUCUUACGAUCAAGAACUUGGAAAACCCCAGCUUUACAAAUCUGAUCCAAGCGGUUUUGUAGCUGGUCACCGAGCAGUUGCAGUGGGGGAAAAGCAAACUGAGGCAAUGCGUCAUCUGGAGAAUGAGUUUCGGAAGCAAGAAAACUAUACAUUAGAUGAGGCUAUCGAACUAGCAAUUAGUUGUCUUUCACACACUCAUUCAAUGGAAUUCAAAGCUACGGAAUUAGAAAUUGGGGUUGUAUCCAAAGCAGACCCUAUUUUCAGGAAGUUGACUGUCGAAGAAAUCGAUGUUCAUCUUGUAAGGAUGUCUGAAAAGGAUUAA